AUGUCUUCGUCAAACUUUCAUAAUCACCAUAACAAUAAUAAUGGUAAGAAAUUAUCAGGAGUAAAAUUGUUUGGUGUUGAAGUAAGUUUUAGUAGUACUAGCGAUAGCCAUGGUAAGCAGCCAGAGGCAGAGGCAGAGGCAGAGGCAGUGCAUAAUGGUGUACCAGUAAUAGUAGUUCCCUUAUAUAACAAUAAUAAUAAUAAUCAUUAUUACAGUACUAGUCAUGAUGUUAGGAGGAAAUCAUUAAUGUCAUCAUCAUCAGCAGCAGAAGCAGCACCAUUGUAUAGAUUCAAGUGUGAGUACUGUAAUCAAGGUUUUGUGAGUUCUCAAGCCUUAGGGGGUCAUCAGAAUGCCCACAAAAAGGAAAGGAAGUUAGGACUCAGGCCCCAAUAUCAAUACUACUACGGGCGUCUCUUCAACUCACCAUCAAUUCAUCACAAGCAGGUUCUUGUUCCUUCUUCUGAGUCAGCUUGUUCUUCAGGCAAUGAGGGAGUUGGCCAUGGUGAUGAUGAUGAUCUUGAUCUUCAGCUAAGGCUUGGACCAUCUGCUAAUUAA